AUGUCGGCCACUCCGAAGCUCGAUUCUUGCCUAGAGUCUAUGAAAGGCUACCUCAUCCGCUACAUGACCGUCCAUCGCCCCGGCCCGCUUCCUGAAUACCUCGUCAUUUGCGCCGGACACCCUUGUCGGAAAGUGAUGGUCAGUAUUGUCAGUAAAGAGCAAUUCGAGCAUCUGAAUCGCGAAAACGAUCAAGUUAUGGUGGAUGAUGAAUAUGAGGUGGAAUUGUACUGGACUGCGAGGAGGAAGAGGGAGGAAGAGGAGAGAAUUUCACUGCUGAAGAAGGGGAAGGAGAAGGAGAAGGAGAAGAAGGGAGAUGAGGAGGUGAGGGAGCGGGAAAAGAGGAUGACGAAGCGGAUUCUUGACUUUGAUAUUCUUGGUCGACCGAGGCCAAAGCAGACUUUGAAUUUCAAUGGGGUUGAUUAUGAAAUCAUACUGAAGGAUAGUCCGGUGGGCGCGGAGUGUUGGUGUGACGAGGAACAAUUCUGCGGAUUGUUCAAGGCGCAAGGUACCCAAAUCUUGAUGAAGGAGGAUGGGACUUUUUUCACGGAGGAAAAAGCCGUUGCGAAGGAGGAUGUAUUGUUCUUUGAUCUGAUCGCUGUUGCGAAUGAGAAGGCGGCUGCGGACGCUCUGCGGGAGGAGGAGGAAAAGCGUAAAGAGGUACAUGGAGUGUUUUCGGACCUUUCGUCACCGUUCGUACUAACUUUCUCAAUGCAGACGAGAAAAGCGAAGAGAGAUCGACAGAGGGCCGCGAAGAAGGCCGCGGAGGAGGCUGCGCGUGAGGCCAAGGAGCGUCGAGAUAGUAUGACGCCUUAGACAUCUGGUAUCAAUAUUGAGGCCUUGAACUUCUCUCGUAUCGUGGUCCCAGGCCACGUCGCCCCAUACACAAUCAGCACCCAAGCGAGCAGAUGCUCUGAAAAGGGGACGGUACAAUCCUAUGAUUUUCUUCUCGAGCACCACGGUUUCAACAGGCAAUCCGCAAUGAAUGAGUGAUGGAGACCAUGUGUCUCGCAUACUCCCUCUCCAGUCGUGAGUCGUACGCAAUGACAGUUGAGAUACAAGUGGUGUGGCAAGAGAAGGUGUUUUCGAUGUGGAGAUGAAUAAUCAUCCGUCGGCUUUCUCCUUUCCUGGAUUUUGUUCGUCUGCCACGCUAUGUGUGAGACAUUCGGCAGAAGGCGGGAGGUGCUUCGCUGUAGCAAGCCAUGGAUUCAUGGUUCCUCUCCAUCGUUGACCAACAUCGUCUACAUACAGCCGGGGGCUGGCAGAGGAUUGGCAGAAGCAUCGAGACGCGCUUUUACGCUUCUCUGCCUCCCUCGACCACGAAGUAUUUCCCAAGCUUUUUGCUCGCACUACCAAGCACAUCCCACUUCGCUUCUGUGACAGCCUCCCUCCUUCUUCGCACCCUCUGAUGAUGUUUGCCUCUGAUCUCCUCCUUUUCAAGAGCAGGUCUUAGUGCCUCCAGCCCCAAUUCUGCCUCUUUCUGCCCCUGAACUGUCUCGUCCCUCAGACUCCUCAAUGGUUCUACCCCUGUGGCAUCCACAUUCUGCACAUCUCUUGCAAAGUGCAACUGUGAAGAGAGUGUAGAGAGCAUUUUCCGUUCUUCUGCUUCAUCCUUCGGUAGAGGGAGAGCGGAGAGCCGUAAAAGGUGAUGGAGCUGUCUGGAGGUGACUUGCGCCGAGGAGCUACUGUUGGUGGGAAGCAGGGAGGAUACAGACCAUGUUGGCGUUGCGAGGAGCUGUUCAAUGUCAAGCACGGGCUUGUGACUGUACGAUCGGACAGUACUACCAGCCCCUAGUGUGGCGAUACGCAGGCAGCUCCUGGACGCUUGCAUGUUGACGCUGAACACUCACGUACCGAUGCUGCUAGGAGUGUUCAG